AUGAUGUUUCAUUAUAUUGUGCUGGAGGGAAAUCAGUCACCUUUGACACAUGGUCCUCCUGUAAAGGGGGAAAGAAUCUUUUCAUGGGAAGAGUUUAAUGAGUGGGGUACUGCAAGACAUUGUAACUAUCUUGGAGACUUACUGUUGGCUCUGUCCUUUAGUCUACCUUGUGGGAUAAGUUCUCCUGUUCCAUACUUCUAUCCGCUUUAUCUCCUCAUUCUGCCCAUAUGGAGGGAAAGGAGUGGUGAGGCUCGCUGUGCUGAGAAGUAUAAAGAAGUAUGGGCCGAGUACAGUAGACUUGUUCCCUGGAGAAUACUGCCGUACUUCUAUUAA